AGUAACCAAAUUGAUUAACUGGAACCUUGUAUCGAGCGGCUUGGCCGUAUAACUUUUUAUGUUUGAAUCAAUAUUUGAGUUCCAAAAAAAAAAAAAACGACCAGACGCCAAAACGUCGCAAAUUGAGAACUUAUAUUAGGCUACGACUUUGAUGGCUUCCAGUUUUCUUUUCAGCGUCCUCCUCGUACUCGUUUUCUCUGUAACUUCGAGUAAGACUUCAAAAUGCUACUUUCACUUGUUUCAUAUGUCGCCAACUACUUGCAAACAUUUGUUUUGCUUUCUCUUUGUUUAGAAGAUAUGAUGAUGAAUCAUAUGUUAUGGAUACAGCAAUGAUUACCAAUGAUGGAUGUUGAUUGUAAAUCAUAUGUAAUGGCUAUUUGUCUACUUCAUGAGUUAAAAAUAUAAAUUUUCCCUAAUCUUUAUUAUGAUCUAGUCAAACGCAGACAGCCUAAAGCUAUUAUAAAAGGAAACAAUAGACAGCCUACCGCUCGGUCCACAACGCACAUCUACACUAUCUGAGUAUAAAUAAUUACAAGUUGAUUAAUAAAAUAACUGACCAGACGCCAAAUAUGUUCAUAGAGAAAUGACUAUAUAUAACCAAAGUCUUCUUCCAUAUCUCUUCGUAUAUUUUCCACAUUGGCAAAACACAACUCUAAUGGCUUACAAUCUUCUUAUUACCGUGCUCCUCGUACUCGCUUCCCUCUCUCUAGCGUCCUGUUAUUCUCAUCCCACAAGAGAUGUCCUGUUUAAACAAGACGAUGUUGAAUCAUAUUCUAUGACCACGAGUCAGCAAGGAUCAUCGAUGCUUGAUGUUGAAGGUCUAGUGAAAGCUAGAAGUCUUCAAGUUCUAUUCGCUGGCUCAAAAGUGGUUGUGAAAGCUUCCAAGAGUAGUGGUUCAAAGAAGAGAAAACAUAAGAGUAAAGUUGGAUCACUGGAUGUUUCAGCCGUGGUUGGAAUCAUAAUCGCAGCAAUUGUGGUUACUAUUAUCAUCAUCUGUGUUAUAUACUUUUUCUAUGUGAAGCACAAAACAAAAAAGGCUCAAAGUCUUGGACAAGAGAAAACAAAUGGAUCAUCGGAAAACCAGACUUCCAAAACAGAGGAUAUUGUCUAAAAAGAACGUCAUGAUCGCUGUCAUCACUUCCGGUGGAACUUUUUUUUUCUGUGAUUUUGUUUUUUAGAUAACUUGAUUUAAUGGCUACAUUCAAAAAUAUUUAUGUAAUGGCAAUUCGAAAUGAUUGAAUUAUUUUUUCUUA